UUGCAUAGUUAGUUAACCCAACCUACCAAAUGCUGACUGACAUGACAGAUCAAGAAUCAAUUGAAGUGAUCGCUUCUAAUAUUCAUCGGUUACAUAAAUCCUAUUACAUUGAUCAACCAUUAUUGCCUUUAUUACUGUUAUCUAAUGUAAAUCCAGUAAAUCAGGACAAUUUUUCAGCCUAUAGUAGUUGUAUAAACAAUACUGAUACUACUGUAAGUAGUAAUACUAACAACAACAGUAAUGCAGAACAAAAUAAGUUUUCAACUCUGUGUCAACACCAGCAUCGUAAUGAUUCAUCAAAGUUGACUGAUAUCAAUUUGAUUAAAAAUUGGACUGAUACAAAAGAGUGUACUUCGUUUCGGCGUUUACUUACAACUUAUUGGUGUCCUAAAUCACUAACAUGUACAGAUAUAUUACUUGAACAGUCAAUGAAUUCACAAUACUUUUCUACUGGAAUUGUAAGCUUAGAUAAUCUACUCGGUGGUGAAGGUUUAAGAACUGGUGAAAUAACAGAAGUGAUUGGAAAAUCUUCUACUUGUAAAACUCAACUAUGCUUAUCUGUAUGUGCUUCUCUUCUUCAAAGUUGUCAAACAUCCUCAAUUAUAUAUUUGGAUACUAAAGGUGACUUUAUUCCAAGUAGAUUAGAAGAAUAUCUUAUAAAAAGAUUACAAAAAUGUACUACUUCUAGAGGAAUUGAUGUAAAACAGUGUUUAACACGGUUGCGUUAUUGUCUAGUACCUACAAUUAGUCAUUUGAUCGAUGCCUUGAUAACUAUACGAAUGUAUAUUGAUAGAAGUCAACAUGAUCGGAAUAAUCCAUCAUCUUCUCCUAUCAAUCAGUUUUUUAAUAAUUGUAAACUUGUGAUUAUAGACAGUUUAACAAUGCCAUAUCUGAUAUAUAUGGCUACUUUAUCACAGUUAGCUCUUUCACAUGUCGCCUUAGCAACCAUUGAACUUCAACGCCUGUCAACUUUUAAUCAUUGUGCUAUACUAGUUACUAAUCAUGCAAGAUCAUCAUUUAUGAAUAGUAUAAAAGAUCAAUCCCAUGGACAAGGGUAUAAUCCCAGUUCAAGAUCAUCAUCGGAUUUACCGACUGCAAUCGGUUGUCUUGGAGUGAAUUGGUCUCUUAUACCGCAUAAACGUAUACUAUUUGAACGUGUAGUGAAACCAAUCACAGAUAAUAUAACAAUCAAAGCUAAACUCAUUAAAACUGUUGACAAUAAGUCACAGUCAAAUUGUUAUUAUAAGACGAACUAUACUACUGAAGUAAUUUUUGAAAUUCCUGCAUAAACUGUACCAUAACAAAAUAAAUUUCCUGACUAAAUUGCUUCUUUUAGGUAAAUAAAAUCUUAAGAGAAAACAAAGAAUACAGUAGGUACCAAAAAUUCUAUAUGAAACGUGUCCCUUGGUCACUUAAACACUCUCACACCUAUUCUAUCCAGUGUUAAGGACAAAACUGCCAAUUUACUAGCUCGCACAAUGGGCGGAUGAUACACACUGUCUCUAAUCACCAAUACAUACAUAUUUCAUACACACACACACACAAACAAACACACUGAAUCACUCACUGUCAUUCAGCA